GCUAGGGACUCGGGGACGCCCGGGGAUCGCUUGGGUGCUGCAGCGGUUACUACGCCUAGCCGGGAACGCACCAUGCUGAGCCGGCGCCGCGUCUUUGCGGUGGAGCGACUUGGUAGCCGGGAUGGAGCCUUUGAGGACCUAGCACAAGGCUGUGUGGUGCCAGGAGUUACCUGCACCUACAGACGGAUACCAGAUAAAACUCAUGGAUGUUCAUUGGACUUCAAGGAAGGACAGAUACCACUUCUGAAACUGGCUUCCCAGGACUCAGGCAUGGAGAUGGUGGUGGGGGACAGUCCGUUGGCUACCUUGUCGGGACUUUCUCAAGAUUCUCUGAACCUUGAACCCAUGGGAAGCCCCGAGCUGCCAUCUGCCCAGCUAGACCGGCUGCUGGCCCGACAGAAGCUGGAACAGGUGCUGGAGAGGUCUCGAGAGUUUCCCAGCUUGUCCCGCAGGCGCGGUUCCCUGCAGCUGCUGAGCAAGCCUGUAGGUGGAGUACCCAUCUUUGCCGGGGAACUAGAAUCCACUGAGGCAGACACUGAGCUAGAGGCUGGUCUGGAAGAAGCAAAGGUGGUGGGUGAUAUGGAGUCUGGAGCAUUGACCUGCCUUCCAGGGCAGGGUUUACGUUACCUGGAACACCUGUGCCUUGUGCUGGAGCAGAUGGCGAGGCUCCAGCAGCUGUACCUGCAGCUGCAGACCCAGAGGCCCUCUAGGGAUCCCGAGGAGGAAGAAUUGGCUCUUUCAUCUUCACAUAUUCCAGACAAUAGGGUGCAAGGGCACAGAGAGCAGCUUAGCCAGACAAGGGACCCAGGUGCAGAGGCGGCUGCACUCCCAGAGAUGGGGGUGCUCAUUGCCAACCCUCCCAGGCUGCCAGAGGCCUUGCUGGAAUCAACCCACAUCCUUCCAUCCUCCCAGGGACACAAGCAGGACCUUUCCCACUGGGACAAGGUCAAGGUCCUGCUCAAUCGGAUCCGCUGGAGGAGCCCUCGACUCCCUGAGCCUCCUGCCCCUCCUGAUAGUUCUGGACCCAGGAUGGAGUUCAGGAACCUCUCUGAAAGGACUGAGUACCACUCCCACCGGAAGACAUUUAUCCCAUCAUUGGUGACUAAGAAACCACGAGCAAAAAACCUUUCUGUAUGAUCUCUUGGUGUGCCUGGUGACCUUAGGUGGAGGGGAUUUGCCAUGAAGUCCCUCACCUUUUGGUUUACUGCUGUGUCUCUGCACUGCCAGGAAAAGCGAUUUGUGCUUGUUCCUUUACAAGGUGACGACAGAGUCCUUCCUUCUCUAAGCAGCAUGGCCAAGGAGCCCUAGUUUCCCUGUGAGAGCCUCAAGUGCAGUUCUGGCCAUCUUCCAGGGUUCUUACUCGUUGUCAGAAAUCUCUGGGCUCAGAGAAUGUGAAUGGACUUAUUUAUCAGGUGCUCCCAGAGCGCGUUUAGUAAGUGAUGUGCCAGCAUGUUGUAGAUGUAUGUUUAUGCCAUCUUUGUUGGACUGUCAACUGCCUGGAUUCAAUCAUCUGGCGGAAUCACGCAUCCAAAGGGCUGGUGCUUUGUGUGUAACUGUGGAAGGACGGGCACUGAUCUUCAUUCUACAACGGACAGUUACCGAUGUGGAUUUCUAAUUUCUUCCUCAUAUCUGAGAUGGCAGACCUGGGACAGAGAACAACACUGCCUUGGGUAACUUUGUAUUGAGUCAUGGCCCUGGAGCACAGCCUGUGAAGACUAAAUGAGCAAUGGGGGGGGGGGUGAUCAAGCGCAAUGUGAAGAAUAGCGAAUGACUUUCAAGGUCAAUUCUAAGUUGCUGUGUUCUAUCCUGGAGUUUAGACCAUGGCAAUGUCUCUUAAUUUGUGAGCCACAGCUUCCUACUUGGGAUGAUGCCUGCCUUACCUACCUCAUAAGCUUGUUAGGAGG